GACUCUGGAGACAGCCCAUCGAUUUGAGAAUUUAUUUGGGGGAAUUGAUUAUUAAUAGGUAAAAAGGGCAAGAUAUUUGUUAUAACUUUAGGAUGAGCCGAUGAGCUCAUAAAGUAAAGACAAACUUCACUCUCUUUCUCGUUAAUGCAGCAGCUCCUGAUCGUCCCCUGAAACUGAAAGUGAUUGAUCUGCUUAGAAAAAACCCUAAUUUCUGUAUUAUUGAUCUUCUUUCUACAUGGGUAUGGUUCUCUGUAACAGCACCACUGAAGGCCUAGGUAGCAGUUCGAGCUAUAACGGUGAAGCUUUCCAGAUAGAUAAACACGAGUAGAGAGAGAGAGGGUUCGGAUCUUAUCUACUCGAUCUGUCCGGUGUUUUUUUUUGGUUAUUUAGUGGGAAGUUCUUGUUGCUAUUGAGGUUUGGUUCUUUUGAGUUCUGGAAGGCUGUUGGGUUGUAAUUGAUAUGUGUUCUGGAAAGAGCGGACUUGUUGAUAUACUCAAUUAACUUCAAAAUCCGUCAUUUCUUCUCCGCAAGUUCAAGCUUUGAAGGGACGGAUCUAUGGCGGAUUUGGUUUUUGUAUCUGUUUAAAGUUACUGGUUGGGAGAUAAUUGUUGGGUUCAGAGAUUGGUGUUAUGAAUUUAUGAUAGGGCGUGGAAUUGGUAAGGAUUUGGAGGUUUGUGGGUAUGUGUAUACUGUUCUUUGACUUGCAGAGGAGGUGAGUGGAGUAGAUGUCUUUCAAGAGCAUCAUCCAAGACAUGAAGGGGGAUUUUGGUACUAUCUCAAGGAAAGGGUUUGAGGUGAAGUUGGGCUAUGGCUUACGAUCGAGAUCACAUCGAGUAGUUCAGGAUGUUUUUGUUCCAGUCGAUGCUAUGAAGCAGAGCUGUUGGGCUAACAUGCCACCAGAACUUCUGAGGGACGUGCUUACGAGGAUAGAAGAUUCAGAGAGUACCUGGCCUCCACGUAAGAACGUGGUCGCUUGUGCUGGGGUUUGCAGGAGUUGGAGAGAUAUCACAAUGGAGAUUGUUAAGACCCCCGAAGCCUCCGGCAAGCUUACAUUUCCGAUUUCCUUAAAGCAGCCUGGCCCUAGAGACUCCCUCCUUCAGUGUUUCAUAAAACGGAACCGAAGCUCCCAAACAUACCAUCUUUACCUUGGAUUAACUCAAGCUCAUAGUACACUUACUGAUAAUGGAAAAUUCCUUCUUGCUGCACGCAAGUGUCGACGCCCUACCUGCACUGACUACAUCAUCUCUCUAGAUGCUGAUGAUAUGUCAAAGGGGAGUGGAACUUACAUUGGGAAGUUGAGGUCAAACUUUUUGGGGACCAAGUUUACGAUCUAUGAUGCACAGCCUCCUCAUGCUGGAGCCACGAUUACAAAAAGUCGUUCCACUCGGUUGGUGGGUUUGAAACAGGUCUCUCCCAGAAUCCCUGCUGCCAACUACUCAGUAGCGCACAUUUCAUAUGAGUUGAAUGUUUUGGGUUCCAGGGGUCCAAGGAGGAUGCAAUGUGUAAUGGAUGUCAUCCCUGCCUCUGCAAUUGAACCUGGGGGUGAGGCCCCCACACAGACUGAAUUUCCCCUUAGCAACCUGGAUUCCUUCCCGUCUCUUCCCUUUUUUAGAUCAAAAUCGACCCGCACAGACAAUGUCCUAUCAGGGCCUUUGACUACCCCGAAAGAUGGAGUGCUGGUGUUAAAGAACAAGGCUCCUAGGUGGCAUGAGCAGCUCCAAUGCUGGUGCCUGAAUUUCCGUGGACGAGUGACAGUUGCUUCGGUGAAGAACUUUCAACUGGUGGCUUCUCCAGAGAAUGGAAUAGCAGGGCAGGAGCAUGAGAAGGUCCUCCUUCAGUUUGGGAAAGUGGGGAAGGACUUGUUCACCAUGGAUUAUCGGUACCCACUCUCAGCAUUCCAGGCAUUUGCUAUCUGCCUCAGCAGCUUUGACACCAAGAUUGCUUGUGAGUGAGUCAGCUAUGUUUGCAGCAUUUUCUGUCUCAUGAGGGUGCGAGAGAGAGAGCAGUGGUCGGAAUUCAGCAAUGCAAUAGUAAAUGCCGAAGCUGGUGGACUGCAACGGGCUGCUGCUAGAUUCUCCUGUUUCUGCUUUUCUGUAUGUAUAUUUUGGGUGUACAUAAUAAAAAUCCUGGAAGAUGAGACAUUUAGGUUGAGCAGUUGGGUAUGUUCUCCUAGGUUGUAUUGUAUCUCUCCCAUCUUUCAAAGCAAGCCCGAGGCUAGAUUUUUCAACAUUUGUUUUCAGAGGUGUUAGUUUGGCAAAAUGUCCAUGGUCUGCUGACAUCCUGGAGAGCUACCUGGCAAUUUUUGUUAUUUGAAGGUGUUCUGCUUUUAUCCAAGGUUUAAAAACUCGUUUUGUUUUGUUUUAAUUAAUUUGAAAUUACUGUGAUACUGUAACUUGGUCGAAA